CAGAAAUCCCCGUCCGCUCUUCCGCCUUCCCUCCAUCUCUGCACCCCAGCAAUUCGCAACGCCAUUCUUUCGAGCACGAUGAAAGCCGAGAAGGCUGGCGACGUGUCCGUAUACACCGUAGCUGGUGCCGAAACUGCCCGGCCACUUCCAGACUGGCUUGCACGCCGAAGGAAGCGGAGUUUGAAGAACGAUGCCGAGUACCAGAAUCGCAUUGAGCUGCUCCAGGACUUCGAGUUCGAGGAGGCCAGCCAGUGUGUCCGCGUCUCAGAUGACGGCGAUUGGUUGAUGUCUACCGGCACAUACAAGCCUCAGAUCCAUGUCCAUCAGCUAUCACAUCUUUCUCUGUCCUUUGCCCGUCACACCACCUCUUUGAACACGACCUUCCAGCUCCUCUCCACCGACUACACAAAGUCUAUCCACCUCCAGAGUGAUCGCAAGAUCGAGCUGCAGGGCCAAGGCGCCCUACACUACGAAACCAGGAUCCCCCGUUACGGAAGAGAUCUUAUUUACGACCGUCACUCCGCCGAGGCGCUAGUCCCAGCAGUUGGUCUCGAUGCCGACGGCCAUGGAGAGGUCUUCCGACUGAACCUUGAGGUCGGAAGAUUCAUGAAGUCAUACCAGAUUGAACUCGGCGCCGACGAGGGCGUUGAAAGGGGCCUUCAAGGCAGCAUCAAUGUUGGCGCCGUUCUUGUUGCUGCUCAGGCCGAGAACACUCACAAUUUGGCAGCAUUCGGAACAUCGAAAGGCACCAUUGAAUUCUGGGACCCCAGAUCAAAAAACAGAGUUAGCAUAAUUGGAGGGCAAGAAGGCGAGAUCACCGCUCUGGAUUUUAGCGACUCUGGAUUGUCGCUUGCUACAGGUUCCUCGAACGGUCUGAUCAAGCUAUUUGACCUUAGAAGUCCUCUGCCCCUGCUUCAGAAAGACCAAGGACUGGGCUUUGCGGUCAAGGAGCUGAUGCACCUGACAACUGCUUCUCAAGAGAAGAAAAUCCUUUCCGCAGAUAAGCGAGUGGUCAAGAUCUGGGACGAACAGGACGGCACCCCUUGGACUUCGGUCGAACCUCUUGUCGACAUCAACUCGGUAGCCUGGUGCAAAAACACCGGAAUGCUUCUGAGCGCCAACGAAGGCAAACAACAGCACGCGUGGUUCAUCCCCGAGCUGGGUCCUGCACCGAAAUGGGCCAGCUUCCUGGACAACAUGGUCGACGAAAUGGCUGAGGAGGUUCGCACCGAAACAUACGAGAAUUACAAAUUCGUCACCAGACCUGAGCUUAAGACACUCAGCUUGGAUCAUCUCAUUGGCAAGACAAGCUUGCUCCGCCCUUACAUGCACGGAUUCUUUGUGGCGUCCAAACUGUAUGACCAAGCGAGAUUGAUCGCCAACCCCUACGCCUGGGAGGAGGAACGAACCAAGAAAAUCAAGGAGAAGAUCGACAAGGAGCGUGAGAGCAGAAUUCGUGGCAAGAAGAAGGUCAAGGUCAAUCAGAAGCUGGCAAACAACCUCGUCAAACGCCAGGAGAAGAGGACGGCACCUGACUUCAACGCCGGCAUGCUGGGUGAUGACCGUUUCGGCCAGAUCUUCGACGAUGAAGAAUAUGCCAUUGACGAGAAUACCUUUGAGUUCAGGGUACUCAACCCAAGCACCAAGGUUGAGGGUGCCAACGAACCCACCUCAAAAUCAGCACCCAAAGCUUCUGAUGACGAGAGUGAUUCAGAUGCUUCAGACGACAACAAAAUUUAUAUCCCACGCCCUCAGAAGCCUAGAGACACGUUUGACAUGAGGGUAUCUUCCUCAAACAGAAGUGGCGGCCGAUCAGCCAAGGAUACCUCUCUAGGGUCUCGAACGCAGCAGGGGGGGCGAGUUACCAAGAAUCGUGGCUCGGAUGUGGUAGGAGAGAGAUCUGUCACGUUUGUACCAGAAAACCGACGGAGGAAGCAGGCCGAAGAAGUCGCGGAACCAACAUACAAACCCAAGCGUAUGGAUGGCAGACGGAGUGCUAGCACAAAUACUUUUAGACGAAUGUGAUACCCGAGUCAAUGACAUAACCCUGUAUUUCUGGAUGCAAAAUAAUGAUACACGCUUGAAACGCAGCCUGCUUCACAACCAAACGCCGAUGCCCCAGACAUGUAAAUCAGAAAAACCGCCACUUGAAUUGAUCAACCCGUCUUUGAGUGAAGACAAUCACACCUGACAACAACGAACUGCUGAAACGCUUCUAUA